UAGAUAAGGGAGCGGAGGUAAAGUUGGGAGUCCGCGAGUGUGAUCCAAGCAAUUAUCGACCAGAUCGCGAUCUGGAUCAUUGUGCCACUGCCAGUGGCGCAAGCAGCCCGUCAACCAGGCCGUGGCCAUACCCAUCCCCUGCUUGUUUCCCCACCACCAUCAUUCCGCCGUUGAAGGACACUCCCUCCGCGAGGCCUCACAGCUCAUCAGAUUCACAUCAGACUCCCAGCUACACCAGCUGAACGACACACCAGUCGCGACGACCAGCGGUCGACACGGGACUACGUAUCUCUUUCAUACCGCUACACACGGUUUAGUGCACACCCACACGCACGCGCGCAACCAUGCCUCUCCCAGAGGGGACUACAUUGUCCAUACAAGGACUCUCCAAACCAGGGGAUGUGCUAUACUCAAAGCCCAAGCAGGCAAUGCUCGUCCGAAUGACGUCCGAGGCGCUCGAGGCUCUCGAGGCAUGUCGAGGCAACACGGGGAUGGAAUUUGAGUUCGGGGAUAACCCGGGCAUUCACGUUGGCGAUGCGUUCUUCCCCAUGAGCGCGGCGCCGGAAACCAACCACGAGCUCUACCUCCGACAGACGUCGGCGGCCAAGCCUAACGCCCCGCUGAAGCUCUAUGGCCACGUCGCGGGGAAAUUCAUGGUGAACCCCGAGCUUGAGAAGGUCGGAGAGAGGGUACGCGACCGCACUCGCGCCGCGGAGGAGCAGCGUACCGAGCGUAAGACGAUCCUGCUCGAGACGCCCCCCGACCUCGGGAAGCCUGCAGCAGGCACAAAGAAGAAGAGGGACCCCCAGGCGAUGUUCCGGAAGCCAUUGGCGGUUGGGGCGGACGCCGCCCGGCGUAACCUCUCUGCAGGAAGUGCAUCUCAGCCAACUCGCGGGGCGUCCCCCCGAGUAUCAUCCACCCCGACAAACUUACAAGCGGCCCGUCCGGCUUCGCCUGCUGCUGCGUCUUCGUCGCGCUUAGGUCCGGAUUCCGACCCGGGUGCGAGAGGACGUCUCAUACAUUUACUCGCCGCGAUUCCAUCUACGCAGGAAGACAUCAUCUUGCGAAGGAUCGCAGGAGGUCAGCCUACCGAGGCGAAGCGUGCAUUUCUUCUUAAGCUACUCGAAGAGGUCGGGAUGAAGAGUGACGACGAAGGCCCCCGCGUCUGGCAACUCAAAGUACCACUAUGGACGACUGAAGUGCGCCCAUAUGAGCACAACUUCUCGGCAGCACAACAGGAGACGAUAGCGAGGCAUGCCAGGACCGUCUUCGACCGCAUGAACCUGCCACGAAACCAUAAGGCCUGGGAUAACAUAAGGAAACCCAAGGACGAAAGCCGCCCUGCUACUCCAGUUGGACGCCGUCCGUUGGCCGACGACUCUACGCGUCCCGAGUCGAAACGUGCUAUCACCAAGGAGGCUAAGGCUACGAAAGCUAAAACGACGGAUGCGCCGAGGAAGAGGAAGGCGAACGGCCCGAUCCCGAUGAAGGACGAGAGUGUUCAUCCUUCGACCACAUCUAAGGGCAAGGAAAGAACAGUUGAUUCAGCUGCCCCAGAUGCACGGCCGUCCAUGCGGAGGCAACCAGGCUCGGGCUAUAAGGCUCGGGCAAGCGGCAGCGACACCCCUCCUACGCCGACUCUGCAGGAUACGCCCGGUCCACGAGCAGCAUCUCCUGCGGUUCCUCCCCAGCCACCGAAAAGGACAGGCCCUGUCGAUGCCCGGCAGAGCAAACGCGCUAUGCCCCCUCCGUCGGGUGCUGCAGAUCCCGCACCGCCCAUAGCCCCUCCAGCAAUGCAGGAGCGGAAGGUGUCGAGCGGGUCCACUGCCAAGGCGGGUACGCAACGGAAGACGGAGGACGAUCGAGCCACACCCCAGACUCUUGCUGCUCGGAAGGCAGCUCGAGAGGUCGAACGCAAUCACGAGUUGGCUGCGAGCACUAACUCGACGAGGAGCUUCAAGAAACACAAACGUGUGGCAGAUGACGAUGACGACUACUCUGACCGCGAUGCGUCGCAUCAGAAGAGGCGCCGAGUCGCUGAGACGAAGGUCAAGCAGGAACGCGAGCAUGAGCGAGACCGGGAGCGGGAGAGCGAUCGGGAUAGCCGCCGGGGCUGGGACAAGGACAGCGAUAUGGAGCGGGGCCGCGGCAGGGUGAGAGACGCGCCCAUCCCGAAGAAGGUCAAGCAGGAAGCGUCGCCGAUUACGAUCGCUCGGGUGAAGGUCAAGAAGGAAGCGUCGCCUGCUAGCCCCUUGACGCGCCCGAGUAGCGACGCGCAUGCUCGUCAGCCGUCACGUCUCUCAGAGGUGGAGAUCGCUCGGCCGUCCUCGUCGUCUUCGUCAACGUCGCGCGCGGACCCGCAGCGCGGCUCAUCCCAUGCACGUUCGCACCGGAAGUCCCCCAUUUACACAUCGUCCGAAGAUGAGAGUCCGCCACCCGCUAAGGUCAAGGCAGAAGCGCCACAUAAAGAGCGACCGCCGAAACCAUCCAAGCCGAAGUACGUGCCCCUCUUCCGGCCGCGCUCGCUGCCCCUCCCGCCCGACGUGGAGGCGCUGAAGAAGUACUACCGCACGUGCUACCGGGUGUACAUGACGCUGCACGCCCAGAAGACGAAAUUCGUGAUGAAGUACCAGGACGCGGUGCUCGACGGGGAGGACGAGUACGUGUAUGUGUCCGACAGCGACUCGGACUCACCAUUAGAGCUGUUCGACCCUGAUAUCACGGACGCGUUCUCUGCGGACCUGGGGGCGGUGGAGGAGGAGCUGAGGAAGAUUCGGAGGGCGUAUGAGAGUAUGGAAAUCAGCGGAGACUCGGAGUAGGCGAUAAUGAAUGGUUUUAUUGGAUUCAGGAUGUGCUUUGGGUGGAAUACUUGGGAAUAUUUGUUUCACAGGACUGUACAUAUUUGUAUCGCGAGUGUAGUGACAAUGGAUGCAACCUCAUCG